GAUCGAUACGAUAGGCGGUCGCGGUCUUUUCGUCCUGCGUCUGCUUGCGAUAAUUCUCCAAACUCCAAUUUCCUUCUCGCUCGGGAAUAUAGGAGUCAGGACAUCAUAUAUUUGAGUGACGGCGAAAAAAUGCUAAAUAUUUACACGCUGAGCAUCUUCUGAUUGGGUAGAACAGCACAGAGGAAUCAAGUCAUCGCUGGCUUUCUAUGUGCAGAUAGUGCACUCGAAUAGACCCUUCAGAAAAUCCCAUGAUUCCCUGUCGUGACGGACUGUGGGAACUUGCUGGAGCGCGCACUCAGGGAGGGAAGCGAAGUGUUUCGGAGUCAGGUCGCCAUGUUAGUGUACCUUGGCGAGCUCCUCCGUCGUGUGAAUUCGCCUUUACUUCUGCGUACUCAUUCACAUAAACACAGCAAUGGCGCCAGUGACAUCUUAUGGAUGCCAAUGUUGUAUCCCAAGCUGCAAGCACAUUCAGAUGCGCAACAGGGAUGUGUCCUACCACUCUUUCCCGAAAGAUGCCAGUCUCCGCGAGCAGUGGAUUCAAGCCGUCAUCCAAAACACAGCGUUGCCAGAAUUGUGGCAGCCCAAGCCCAGCCACAAGAUUUGUGGUGCACACUUCAAUGUCUGUGGGAAGAAACAAUAUAUGGACAAGGUGCCACGGUUCCUGAAGCCUGGCACGUUCAUUCAAACAUGUCCAUCUCAAGUUACCCAGCCUUCCCCUCUGGACGUGUCUGUGGAGGUCACCGUGGAAACCUCCUCCGAGGAAGUGUCCAGCAUGAGUCUCGAAGAAGAUGCAUUGUCCUCUGAGCCUGAACACUUCUUAAGUCACUCUGACUUUGUUGAUGAGACAGAAGGGCGAACCAUGCCGUCAGGAGGUUCCACCUUCAUCAAGGAAGAACCUCACAGCACCACACCUUCUGCAUUACCUGGAAACCGUGUAAGCACUCGAGAACCGACGGCAAGCGAUUAUGCUGAAGUAGUGACUGAGAAUGCCUUGAUCAAAUGUGAACCCCAAGACACAAGUUUCUCAUGUCUUCUAGGAAGUCAUGACAGUUCAGAAGCCGCGAUGGCUGCUUAUGAUGCCGUCCCCAUCAAGACAGAACCCUACAACACCAGCUGUCCUGUUUUACCGAGAAGUCACGAAAACAAGGAUGAAGCUAAGACAGACCAGCAUCCAGAAAUUUCUGCAAUGGCGAGCCGUUGCUCACCACCACCGAAAAGGAGGCGGGCAUCGGCAUGGAGUGAUGAGGAACGGCUGGAGUUCCUCCAGGAGGUCAUGCAGAGAAGGAACAUCAUUAGAGGCAGGUUCAGUCCCCUGUUGACAAAGCAGGACAAGAAAGCUGCUUGGGAGGAGAUAGCUGCUGUCCUCAGUGCACGGCAUCCUUCUGCGCUGCGGACUGUUCCUGAGCUGAAGAAACAGUGGGACAACCUGUGUUCAAGGCACAGAGCUAUAUUUGCAGAAUUCAAGAGACAGUCAACACAGACAGGAGCAGGAGUUAACGUCUCCCAGCUAUCAGCCGUAACUCAGGCAGUCAUUGAUAUCAUCAGCGACGACCCCCCUCUUAUCUCGGGCGUGGAGGGUGGCAUCGAUGUCCGCAGCGCUGCCUUCAACGGAGACGUCAUUGCCGGCCUGCCGGGGCCAUUCACCACCGACGACCCAGAUGAUGAUGAGGAUGCAGCAUUCCGGGCUACCGUACCAGAGGUUGGGCUCCAUGAGGACGACAACCUUGCGUUGACGCAGCAGCAGCAGGCAGGAGCGGGCGACAGGGCCCCACUUAACCUUCUUGCUGACGGUGGAACCGGUACAGGGGAACCCCAGACAUAUUCCCAGCAAGGCAGGAGCGACACCUAUUCGUCAGCACUACGCACUCGGGCAGAAACAGCGAAGCUAGAGAGAGAACUCCUCGCACUAAGACAAAGGGUUGCGUCCGAGGAAAUGGAGACAAAUCGUUUAAAGCAACAGACGGAACUUAUGAAACAGGAAACUGAGAGGCUGAAGCAGGCUAGGAUACGGCUCGAAAUUGAUCGUUUGCUGCAGCAGAAGUAGCCAAGCCAAGCCGUUCUGAACGGGGCGUAGUGUCAAGUAUUAUAUUUUAAGUUAACUAUCACUUUUCUUUCACAUUCAUGCUUGUUUGCACACCAUAAGUUUCCAGUUCUCAUCUUCGUGCACCCUCACAAGUGCUCUGUGUGUUCCAUGCAAUCCUUGCUUUGUGCACAAUAUUGUACAGCAUCUACAUGGCUAUGUGUUUCUCUCAUCUUUAUCUCAUUCUCUCUCUUCUUUAUCUCAUGGCUAUGGCUAUGUGUUGUUCUCUUCUUUUUAUGCAUAGCACCCUUCAUAACCGUUAUGUGAUUCCGACAAUGCUUGUGUAUGUUCUCUAAGGCUGAUAUAUGUGUUCAUUACGCUACUCCACUUCAGCCAAUUAUUUCUCCAAUUAGCCAAUUAUUAAUCUCUUAGAGCACUAUGCUAGUAACAUCAAGUUGGCUUCUGUUGCUUUUCCACAAAUACAUUGCGAAAGUAGUGGUGCUGUGGGAGUUGGGUACAUUAGAAAAUUACACUGUGAUGAAGGAGGGAGCAGUACAAUAAAACUUCACCAUUUGUGCCCAAUUCGGUUCUC